AUGACAGGCAUCGCCGCCGCCUCCUUCUUCUCCAAUACCUGCCGCUUCGGGAGCUGCGGGCUGCACUUCCCCACCCUGGCCGACCUCAUCGAGCACAUCGAGGACAACCACAUCGAUACAGAUCCACGUGUUUUAGAAAAACAAGAAUUACAGCAGCCAACCUAUGUUGCCCUCAGUUACAUUAAUAGAUUCAUGACCGACGCCGCCCGCCGGGAGCAGGAGUCCCUCAAGAAGAAGAUCCAGCCCAAGCUCUCGCUGACCUUGUCCAGCUCCGUGUCCCGGGGGAAUGUGUCCACGCCGCCACGCCACAGCAGCGGAAGCCUUACUCCCCCCGUGACCCCGCCCAUCACACCCUCCUCCUCCUUCCGCAGCAGCACCCCGACCGGCAGCGAGUACGACGAGGAGGAGGUGGACUACGAGGAGUCGGAUAGCGAUGAGUCCUGGACCACGGAGAGCGCCAUCAGCUCCGAGGCCAUCCUCAGCUCCAUGUGCAUGAACGGAGGCGAGGAGAAGCCUUUUGCCUGCCCAGUUCCUGGAUGUAAAAAGCGAUACAAGAAUGUGAAUGGCAUAAAGUACCAUGCUAAGAAUGGUCACAGAACACAGAUUCGUGUCCGCAAACCAUUCAAAUGUCGUUGUGGUAAGAGUUACAAGACAGCUCAGGGCCUGCGGCACCACACAAUCAAUUUCCACCCCCCGGUGUCGGCUGAGAUUAUCAGGAAGAUGCAGCAAUAA